GCUAGAGCUUUUGUAAGAAAAAUGAAUUGAAAGACCCUUAAACAACUGGGGUUGAUUCUCGGGUGCCCUUUUCAUGUAUGUUCUCCAUGUUUCUCUGUCUGUUCUUAUAGGGUGAACUAGACCGGUUCGAAGAUUGAUAGGUUGUUACAAAUUGUAAAAACAAUCUACCUAAUCCAUGUACUGAUCCCGGUAUAAUCUAUAUAGAAGAGAGUACACGUAUCGAGUCCAAGCUGGUUCAGAGCAGGAAAUAUGUACUUUAUUUAUCUAGAAGAUGGUGUGAAAUCUACAGAACGAAUUCGCGCCUGGAUUUUUGGAGAAGUUCAGGCCGUGUGUCGAAAAGUGAAAUAUAAGAACCCAGAUUUCUUUGAAUUUCUUCAAAUCUUACCCAAUUUACUCAAUUGAACUAAUUUCAAUCCGUCAUAAUGUCUGAAGAAGUCAAAGAAACCCCUGUUGCUCCUGCUCCUGUUGAAGAAUCCAAGGAGGCAAAAGAAGCUGAAGUUGAAGCUAAACCAACUGAAUCUAAAGAAGAAGUUAAAGAAUCUAAAGAAGAAGAAACUAAAGAGGAAAAACCAGCUGAAACUAAAGAAGAAGCAAAAGAAGACAGUGAAUCUAAACGUAAGCCGGAAGAACAACCAGCUAAAAAGGAAAAAAGAGACGUCGUAGACAAUACGAUGAUGCUCCACAAGAUGAUGAAGAUGAAGAUGAAAGUGAUGAAGAUGACAGUAAAAUUGAAGCUCAAUUAGAGGAAGAAGGCGAUGAUGAAGAAGAUGAUCUGGUUGAAAUUGAUCAAAGUAACAUUAUCACAGGUGGUAGAAGAACUAGAGGUAAAGUUAUUGAUUAUGCUAAAACCGCUGAGAAAUUAGAUGCUGAUGGCGCAAAAGACGAAGAAGAUGAAGAAGAUGAUGGCGAUUUCAGAGAACCUGAAACUUCAUCUACUGCUAAAUAGAUUAUGAUAUCAGCAGGAUCGUGUUGAUAUAAUCCUUUAGUUUGAAAUUCUAUGUAUUACUCUAUGUUU